AAAAAAUUGAGAGAUGAAAAGUGCAUUUUGUCCUUAAAAAAAAUAAUAAAAAAAAACAAGUCGGAUUAGUUUUUCCCAAAUCCCUAAUUUGUAAGCCGUCUCUCUUCCUCCUCUUCCUCUUCGCGUCCACAUCGCUGCACUGCCGCUGCUACUUCAAUCCAACUCCUCAAGGUCAUCGAAUCAGUUGAUUUGCACGAAAAAUGGCGAAUCAAGGUGGGAAUCUCAAGUCCACGGUGAUAAAUGGGGUGAAGAUGUACACCGUCACCGGCCAGCAACGGUCGUUGGCCACCUGGAUACCAACCAAAAAGCUUAAAGCUCUCCGGAAAGAUAAAAAAUACAUGCAGCGACUGGAGUUGAUACAAGAUUUGAGGUUCGAGACUGCCACGAGCAGAAUUAAGGUAACAUCCGACGGGGACUACGUUAUUGCUUCAGGUAUUUACCCACCACAAGUCAAAGUAUAUGAAUUACGUGAGCUUUCGUUGAAGUUUGAAAGGCAUUUAGUCUCAGAAAUCGUUAAUUUUGAGGUACUAAGUGAUGAUUAUUCAAAGAUUGCUUUUUUAUGUGCCGAUCGUUCUGUCUCACUCCAUGCUAAAUAUGGAAGUCAUUACAGUUUGAGAAUACCUAGGAUGGGAAGGGAUUUAGCGUAUGAUUGCUGGUCUUGUGACUUGUUAUGUGCUGCUUCAUCGCCUGAUCUCUAUAGAAUAAACCUAGAGCAGGGUAGGUUUCUUUCUCCACUUAGUACCCAGUCUGAAGCAUUAAAUGUUGUGACUAGAAGUAAGGUUCAUGGAUUGGUUGCUUGUGGUGGUGAGGAUGGUUUUGUAGAAUGCUUUGAUGUUCGUGCUAGGUCCUCUGUUGGUAGGAUAGACGCUGUUUCCCCUGCUGGGGAUGUUUAUGAUCAGGAGGUUACUGCUUUACAGUUUGACGAAGAUGGAGGUUACCUCAUGGGUGUUGGGAGUAGUUCUGGGAAGGUGCUAAUCUAUGACUUGCGGUCUUCAGUGCCCUUGAGAGUAAAGGAUCACAUGUAUGGAAACCCUAUACUGAGUAUCAAGUGGCACAAGACUCUGAAUUCUGGGACAACAAAAUUAAUCACUGCUGAUAAACACAUUGUCAGGAUUUGGGACCCUGAGACAGGAGAAGGUAUGACGAGCAUUGAGCCGACUGCUGGGAAUAUCAAUGAUUUAUGUGUAUUUAAAGGAAGUGGAUUGAUGUUGCUGGCAUUGGACAACAGCCAAAUUCCUUCUUAUUUUGUACCAGCCCUUGGACCUGCCCCAAAGUGGUGCUCUCACCUGGACAACUUGACAGAGGAGCUAGAGGAGAAUCCUGAAACUACCAUUUACGAUGAUUUCAAAUUUUUGACGAAAGAGGACCUUGAGAAGCUAAAUUUGACCAGUUUGGUUGGUAGUAAUUGUCUAAGGGCAUAUAUGCACGGUUACUUUAUUGACUAUCGUCUUUAUAAAAGGGUUCUAGGUUGGUCAAAUUCGUUGGAUAGAAAAGAUUACAUAGAGAAACUGAAGCAGGAAAAACUGGAAAAAGAACGAGAAUCAAGAAUCACGAUUAGGAGAAAACUGCCUAAGGUUAACCGGGUUUUAGCAUCUAAGCUACUUUUGGAAGAAGCCGAGAAUGAGAAGAAAGAUGCUGAAGGUGCUGAUGAUGUUAAGAACAAAGCCUCCAAGAAGAAGAAGGGACUCACAGCUGAGAUCAUGAAUGAUGAUCGAUUUUCAAAAUUGUUUACCGACCAGGACUAUGAGAUUGAUAUGAAUUCUCCAGAAUUUCUCGCCUUACAUCCAGUGGCAUCUACUACUGAGCAAUCAUCUUUAAUUGGUGAGCAUUUUGAGCUUGUGGGGGAAGACGAGGAAAACACUGAUUCAGAUGCAUCGUCAGAAGCAGAAGAUGGGCUAGGAGGUGGAAGCAAAUCACGAGUUCCAAAGUUGUAUGAAGCUAUUGAUGAGCGACAUGCCGAAGCCUUCUCUAAAAGCAUAUCACUAGCAAAAGAAGAUGCACUUCCAAUAGGGGAAAAAGUGGCUGCUAUGACAAAAGAAAAUGUUAGCAACUCUAAUGGUAUCAAAGUGGGUGCAGGAGGUUCACGUGAAAUUUCUUUCAUUUCCCGGAGUAAAGCAAAGUACAGCGAAUAUGAUGAUGAUGACAGGGAUGGACUGCCUCAAAAGAGAAGGGGAAUCCAAGAUUUGAAGCUGAAGCCAGAUAAAUCAAGUUUUCGAGGCAGCUUUGGAAGGGGAGGAAAUCGAGGAAGAGGAAGGGGAGGAAGAGCAAGAGGAAGAGGAAGAGGAAGAGGGCAUCAAUAACUUCUGGUAUUAUUUUGUUUAUUUCCUUUUUUCUUUUGGGUUUCCA